UAGCCUUCUAAAUUAUACAAACUACUGCAACGUACGUGCAAAUAUUAUAUAAAUAUAUUUGUUCUUGUAUACUAACAAACAUACACUUUGUAUGUAUAGAAGCCUAUUACUACAGCAGUGCUAUCGAAAAUAUGUCCUUGACAGCUGAUAAGGCGCGCGUGGCAGCAUGCCAACGACAAGUGUGCCGGUACUUCAUAACAAGUAGUCAGAAAGUCAGACCCGCGCUGCUAGAGAAGGUUGCGCGCGAGUCAGAGACGUACCAAAUGUACAACGAUAUAAUCAGUUUAUUGGAGGAUGAACAGUUUUUUGAAAACUUGUGCCACACUGCGACGGCCUUAAAUAGAAUUGCAUGGCUUGAGGUCAAGAAGUCUAGCCCUGAUGAAAAAUCCUUCUGGGUGGACAUAGUGGCUGCGACCCACACGAUAAUUUCGUGCGUUCUGAUAAAUGAAGGUCCGCCAGGCUGUUUGAAAGCAAUGGAGCAUAUCGAUACUGUCUUGAUUCUUCGUGGAUAUAUGGGCCCGCUACGAGUGAUCUGUGGAUUUGCCGAACCGAAAGCAAAAGCAUACGCAAUGUCCUUGAGGGCACGUGAUAUCUCUAAUGAUGUAGAUUUGCAAAGUCUUAGCGUUUCCUAUGACACGACUACUGAGAGCGCCAGUUUAAGCAGUCAUACGCACCAAGAUAACAGUGAAGUAGGCUUAGAUAGUGCUUUCGCGACACUGGAAUAUUCGGAGUCACUCAAAUAUGUUAUGCCAGAAUUAGACGGCGGAAAAGAGGUGGAACGCAUAUCUUUAGCAGACGAAGGGUAUGAGGACAACUUCGCAGAGUUCAAAAGCUACGUCAAGCAGAGUAAACCUUUAAUUAUGACGGGUGGGCAAAUAGGUUGGGCCGCGACCGAUAAAUGGAAGGAUCUUGAAUCCUUAAUAGAAGCCCUUGGUCACAGGUGGAUUCCAGUUGAGCUUGGAACUUAUGGUACCUCGUCAUGGAGGGAGGAGAUCAUCCAAAUGGCAACAUUCAUCGAAACUCGUAUCAAACCUAGCCAUCAAAAGACCUUGCUUGGGGAGCUCACGCCAAUCGACGUCGUGGGAUAUAUUGCGCAACACGAGCUGUUCGAUCAUUUCCCAGCAAUGAAAUUAGAUUUUAAAGUGCCACAGCUUAUCAAGGACUUGAUCCGGGGCCACCCGGAGAAGAUGAACGGGUGGUUUGGCACGGCUGGCACAGUAACGCCAUUACACACGGAUACUUAUGAGAACAUUCUUGCUCAGGUGGUAGGAUAUAAAUAUUUAAGGCUGUAUCUAUCGGAUCAAACGCCGAAACUAUAUAAUAAUGGCCCGCAAGGAACCAAUAUAAGCCAAGUUGAAUGCGAGAAGGAAGACUUCGUGCGUCAUCCACUGGCCAAUGAUGCUAAAUACUACGAGCUAGUACUCAGACCGGGAGAUAUGUUGUAUAUACCAGUAGGCACGUGGCAUUACGUGCGAAGUCUAACGCCGAGUUUCAGUAUCAACUUCUGGUGGUAGUAUAUAAAUGGAAUUGUCGUCAAUACUUUUAGCUGCAUACACAAAUGAG